GUCUUAUUCUCGCCACUUUCACUAUAAUAUUUUAAAUGUUAUUACGGCUAUCGUCAACACCGAGACUUCCCAACGGUCUGUAUGCGUUGGUGACCAGUAGGUCGUUCAGAGUGCGGGGUCGGGUGAAGCGAGGAGAGCUCAUAGAAAACAUCCCCAUUGAGAGGCUCGACGCUGAUGGUAACGGUCGAACAACUCUUGAAUGGAAUAGAUUUCGAGGCUGUUCCUUUAACGAUACGGAGCUCGUCGUCCCCGGUGCACUACCUGGAGAAACUGUCACUGUGAAGAUUGGCGGAGUCCGCGGCAAUGGCAAGAAAUACAACGAAGUUUUCGUUCACGUUUUCGCUAGAAGGAACUACGCUGUCGAGCCCGGCAGUUUUGGAUCGCCAAAGCUGUGGAUGAACAGUACUGAUAUAUUGGAUUAUCAUAAAGACUCCCCUUAUGAGAUUCCUGAAGAACAGGUCUGCGCGUUAUCGAUAAACGUCAUGAUGAGCUUAGUUGUAGUGGUUGCCAGAUACCUCAUUUACAGUACCAAAGACAGCUUCUGUGGAAAAGAAAAUUGCUGACGGAAAUCAUACCACACCAAUUUGAACACAAGCAAGAUAGCGACGGGCUACUCCCUAUUAUAGCUAGCGGUCUUGAGCCUUACAAAGAACAUCGAACUUAUUCACAGAUUAUGCAUUCACCCGACAGAUGGGACCCUCCCGUUAUUGGCCACUACGCUCGAAAAGCGAACGCCCCUGGAGAGAGGAGAGAAAUAAUCACAACAGGAGGUAGAUGUCCUCGUAAGGAGCCUCCUACUUCCGAAGCUGAACGAGUCAUCAUGGAAGUGCUAGCUCGACAGUACACUGUUGAUAGGGAAUAUUACAGCGCAUACGAUUUUUGGCGGCA